AUGCAGGUUCCAAACUGUCAAGAUCCUUGGAGAAAUCAAGGAGUUCAGUUGAAGGAUGCUUCUCCAGAUGGAAGUGGUGAGGGCAGGGGGCUUGAACCAAGGUCAUCUGGACAAAAUGUUGGUGGGCCUCCUAGUUAUGAAGAUGCUGUGAGUGACGGUCAUAGCCCUGUUGAUACCAAGAGCAACUGCUCCACCACCACCAGCUGCCGCGCCACACCACCUCCAGUUACCACUACGCCGCCACCACCUGCAGUGACAGUCAACAAUGAAAACGAUGGGUUUGACUUUUUUGAUCCCCGUGGUGUUGUUCCUGCUCCUGCCCUUGCGUUUGCCCUGCAAGGAUCAGGUGGUGGAGAGAUGGAGGAUUUGUUUGGUUCUCUAUCAGAGUCUUUCUCUUCUUCAAAUGCUUUGGCUGUUGUAACAUCUACUUCAUCUAUAACCACUGAAGUUCAUCCUCCAGCAAAUACUAAUCCUUAUCUCACCUUCGAUACCUCAUCGACAAGUCGGGCAUUUGAUGAUCCGUUUGGUGAUGGUCCUUUCAAAGCUGUUCCUUCUACUGAUGGAUUUUCGGCUUAA